AUGUUCGCGAGCAGUGUCCUCCACCAGGCGAGGUCGACGCCUCGAACACCGUCGUUUAUCGGCUUCGGUGUAGGCCUGGCAGGCGCUCCAAGGAACUUUGCGACUACGAUAGCCCGGCGCGCAUCGGAUCGGUAUGCCGCUUUCGACAGCGGCUUCAACCCGGACGACUUGCAGGCUGCGCGCCAGUGGCGGCAGGCGCUCACCCAAGAUGCUCUGCCCCAAGGCAACACAACCUUCUCACGGUCCAGUGGGCCCGGCGGCCAGCACGUCAACAAGACCGAGACCAAGGCCACGACCGUCUGGCCCAUAUAUGAGCUGCAGAGCUUUCUGCCGACACUGUUGCGUGAUCGGCUGCGCACGUCGCGGUAUUACACCAAGGCCACCGACAGCCUGACAAUUCAGGCCCAGACACAGCGUUCGCGCACGGCCAACGCCGGGGCCAACCGCGAGAAGCUGUUUGACGAGCUGGUGGCACUGUACGAGGCGACAGUGCCAGGCGAGACGCAACCAGAGACGGCGACCAAGUACAAGGCAAUAGAGAAAGCAUUCCACGCAGCAAGGAUCAAAGAGAAGAAGAAGCAGAGCAGCAAGAAGCAGUUUCGACGUGGCGGCAGCUUCGAGUGA